UAAACAAAACAACACAAAUACAAAUGUGAUGUUUUUAUUGGUUUAUGCUUUCUGGAUAAAUUGAGAAAUUAUUAUAUAUUUCUGUAUAACCAUAAAUAAAUCAAAAGGAUAUUGAACUGUCUUGAAUUGAACAUCUAUUGAAUGCAACAAAACAAAAAAAGACAACGUCUGCAUGUGCCAUAGAAUCAGAGUAAAGAGAUGAGUGAGUGUUUGUUAUGUUAAUUCCUAACCAAAGUACUAGGUAAAACAUUUUCAGUGGUAGAAGAAUGACAGAGCCCUGCUGCAACAGGUUUGGUGUGGGUAAUUUAGUAAAAAUAAUGAUGUUUGGUUUAUGCUGGGUUCCUUUGUUGACAGAAUCAGCUAUAGGAGUAAACUGGGGCACGGUUUCAUUCCGCAAAUUGAAUCCUUCGACUGUGGUUGAUCUCUUAAAAGACAACAAAAUCACAAAAGUGAAACUGUUUGAGGCAGAGGCUGAUGUUCUUAAGGCACUCAUGGGAAGUGGAAUUCAGGUGAUGGUUGGGAUUCCCAAUGAGAUGUUGUCUCUUUUGAGUUCCUCCCCUUCUGCUUCUGAUUUGUGGAUUCACCAGAACAUCUCUGCUUACACUGGGAAAGGUGGUGCUAAUAUCAGGUAUGUUGCUGUUGGAAAUGAACCGUUUCUUAAAAGUUAUAACGGUCAAUUUCAGAACCUAGUCAUGCCUGCAGUACUCAACCUACAACAAUCCUUAGUGAAGGCAAAGCUGGCUAGUUCAAUAAAACUAGUUGUUCCAUGCAAUGCAGAUGUCUAUGAAUCCUCAAUUCCUUCACAAGGGAUAUUCCGUCCUGAUCUAACCCAAAUCAUGACUCAGCUAGUUCAGUUCCUCAACACAAACGGUUCCCCAUUUAUUGUUAAUAUCUACCCUUUCCUUAGCCUCUACGACGAUACCGAUUUCCCACAAGACUACGCAUUCUUUGAGGGAACUACCCAUCCUGUCACAGAUGGUUCAAAUAUUUAUAGCAAUGCAUUUGAUGGAAACUAUGACACUUUAGUCGCAGCACUCGGUAAAAUUGGAUACGGUCAAAUUCCUAUAGUUAUUGGAGAAAUUGGUUGGCCUUCGGAUGGAGCAAUUGGUGCAAACAUCACUGCAGCUAAAGUUUUCAAUCAAGGUCUUAUCAACCAUGUUCUUGGUAACAAAGGGACACCUUUGAGACCUAAUGCUCCUCCUAUGGAUAUCUAUCUGUUCAGCCUUCUUGAUGAAGGAGCAAAGAGUAUUCUUCCAGGUAGUUUUGAAAGACAUUGGGGGAUAUUUUACUUUGAUGGAAAAGCUAAGUAUCCAUUAAACCUCGGUCUUGGAAACAAGGAAUUGAAGAACGCAAAGAAUGUUCAGUAUCUCCCGUCUAAAUGGUGUGUGGUAAGUUCUAAGUCAAGUGGUUUGAGUAUUAAUAAUGUGGCAAACUAUAUGAGAACUGCAUGCAGUGUUGCAGAUUGUACCACUCUUGAUUAUGGAGGUUCAUGCAAUGGAAUUGGGGACAAAGGAAAUAUAUCAUAUGCUUUUAACAGUUACUAUCAACUACAAAUGCAAGACUCAAGAAGCUGCAAUUUUGAUGGACUUGGUAUGGUUACUUCCAGAGACCCUUCAGUCGGCGACUGUCGUUUUAUCAUUGGACUUACAGAUAAAGCUACACGUUCAUCUGGUGGAUCUCAAAUAGGAUAUAGUUGGUGGUUUAUAGUAGCAUUUUCAAUUAUAGAAAUAACUUUUUCACUAUUAAUGUGAUACAGAGUUUACAUAAGUGAGUUUUUUCAGGGUCUUCUACUGUUAUUAGAGCUUAGAAGUUAGAAGCUUAGGAAACAUUCAAGAGCAUUAGCGCAACAUAUGGUUAAGUGAGUCAUUGUAUCAUAUAAUACAAGAGAUGGUCGGUGUGUACAUUAAUGUAUGCAAUAUUACAUAUUGAGGAAUGUUGUCCCUGCUUUGUUGGCUGCAGCUGAUAUAGUUGCUUAAUAUACCAUAUAAUUACAUUUGUCUAAAAAA